GUCAUCCCCCCAUCCUCAACCAUAACCUCUCAUCACCCUUCCAUUUCUCUCUCUAUAGGUAUAUAAAUGCAUAUAACCCAUCACAAACCCACCCCACACUACAAGACUACCCAAACACCUACUUCUACUUCUCGCUUUAAAAUAACUAUGCAAGAAGCUAUUCCUUACAAGAUUUGGGUACCAAAUCCCCAACACCCUUUUCAAAGCCGAUCAGCACUGGUGAACAAAGAUAUUGGAUCAGAUUCAGGAUCAACAAAAGGUGGUGGUGAUGAUGAUAUAAAGAACAUGGUUUUGGAGAACGCUGUCAUAGUGUUAGGCAGGCGUGGUUGUUGCAUGAGUCAUGUGGUUAAGCGACUCCUUCAGGGCCUAGGUGUAAAUCCGGCAGUCCACGAGGUCGACGAAGACGAUGAGACUAGUGUUUUUCGUCAAUUGGAGGGCAUCGUCGGACAAGCUGCUGGUCGGAUGCAGUUUCCGGCGGUGUUCAUCGGAGGUCAGUUGUUCGGAGGGUUGGAUCGGAUUAUGGCUACUCAUAUUACUGGAGAGUUGAUUCCUGUGUUGAAACAAGCUGGGGCUUUAUGGCUUUGAUGUGAUAUAAUUCAUUUUCACUAAUUAGUUUCAUUUCUUAGCACUUUUUUUUUUACACUUUGUUUUCUUCUUUUCCCUUACAAGAAAUUGCAUGGAGGCAAUUGAUUAGUUUUGAGCUUUUUUUAUUUUUAUUUUCCAAUUUUGAUUUAAGAAAAGAAAAAGGUCACAUGGAUUUGUAAAAUUGUUUCACAAGUUUUGAAUAAAAAAAUUUGGGAUGUGCAUAGAUCAUUGUAUGGAUAAA